AUGAAGGGGGUAAACGAUUUUAUGCGAAAAGUGAAUGAUGUAGAAAAGAUGAAAAGAUAUUUGUCAGACCAUAGUGCUUCGAUAAAAAUAUAUUGUUUCUUCUUGCUGUUAGUUUUUAUCUUUUAUCAUUUAUUUUCAGAUGGGGAUUUUUCUUUUUUAUUAACUCUUUCAUCAGUUAUUAGUAUGUUUUCAUUUCUUAUGGUUUUUCUGAAAAUUGAAAUAAAUAAAUCAUGUGCAGGAGUUUCAUUAAAGAUGAUGGAAUGUUAUGUUGUUCUUAAUACAGCUAGACUAUUAUCUAUAGUACCAUUCGAAGGAUACUUACCUUAUGAUAAAAGUGGGGACUGGUUGUAUCAGCUAGUUGAAGCUAUUUCGUUAUUUAUUAAUUGUUGUAUUGUAUAUUUGUGUAGAUAUAAGUAUAAAAGUACCUACGACUCGGCAAACGACAUUUUUAAUAAUCUGCUUUUAAUUAUUCCUGCGUUUGUUAUCUCCAUUUUCGUUCACCCCUCGUUGAACUCCUUCCUCCCAGCUGAUGUAGCAUGGUCUUUUGCGUUAUACUUAGAAUCAGUUUGUGUAUUACCACAACUGUCAAUGUUCCAAAAGGAGGGAAAAGUAGCUGCAUUUACUACUCAUUUUUUAGCAUCACAGGCUUUUUCAAAAGUUUUAUCUUUCUUUUUUUGGAUAGUGUCACAUAAGGAGUUGAAUUCUUCGGAUAACAUUAUUAAAUCGUAUGUGGGUGUGUGGGUUGUUAUUAUGCAAGUAGUUCAGCUGAUUUUAAUGGGUGACUUUAUUUAUCAUUAUAUUCGAUGUUUAAGUAAAGGAGUAUCAUUUGAUAAUUUAUUAAAUGAAAAUGUUUAG